UGUAUGUAUGCAUGAUGUAGGUACAUAUGAUGUAUGUAUGUAUGUAUGUAUGUAUGUAUGUGUGUGUAUAUGUAUGUAUGAUGCAUGUAUGUAUGUAUGUAUGUGUGUGUAUGUAUGUAUGUAUGUAUGAUGCAUGUGUGUAUGUAUGUAUGAUGUAUGUAUGUAUAAUUUGACCAGAAAGCAGGACACAAUACAUUUCCUACAAUAAAAAAUGUGUAUUGUGAAGUACCUCAUAGUGUCAUAGCCUACACUUUUAUUUUAAAGGCUUUCAGGUAAGACUUCUGAUGCCCACAUUUACUAGUUUAUCAUUGUUUUAUGUACCAAGAAAGAGUAAUUGUAUCCGAGUACUGGUGUUGAUAUUUCUUGGUAUUGUGUCAAAAACAAAAUAAGUGAUGCCGCACAACUUUACAAGCCUCUCAAGUUCACUCCGUUUCCGAGCACUUCCUCAAAGUCUAUGACUGUGGCUGCGUCCCAAACCGCACACUACUCCACUACAUAGGAUCCUGUCAAAACAGCCGGCCACGCUACGUUACCAUAGUGACCAUAGGUAGCCUGCCUAUUUUGCUGUAUUAUGCACGCGGUUUGGGACGGAGGCAGAGAGAUUUGGUUGAGAGAAGCACCACGACUGACUCAGCGACUUCUAACAGCUGUAUGAGGUGAAACCUGGACGCAGACAGUGUGUUGCACAGCAGACUGGCUGGAGUUACACAUAGCUGAGGAGAACUUGAUCAAGUAUGUAUGGGCCGUUCAGUGUCCGUCGGGAGCGUGUUCCUGACCUCUCCUGCCUGCAUCAGUACAGUGAGUGGCUGGCCAGCAGGCACGAAGCCAGCCUACUUCCCAUGAAGGAAGACCUUGCUCUGUGGCUCAACACUAUUCUGGGAAUGAAUAUAACAGCGGAGAACUUCAUGGAAAUGCUGGAGACUGGAGUUGUGCUCUGCCAGCUGGCUGAAGAGUUACAGGAGAGGAUGAUUCUGGCUAACAAUGGCAAGCCUUUCAUACGGCGUGUGAUUCACUGGAGAGCUGAUGCAGCUCCUGGUUCAUUUUUUGCCCGAGACAACACGGCCAACUUCCUGUACUGGUGCCGUAAAAUCGGCGUAGGCUCAUCCCAUCUUUUUGAGUCAGACGAUCUGGUUCUUCGACGGCAUCCACGGGAUGUGUGCCUGUGCCUCAUGCAGCUGGGAAGAAUUGCCUCAAAGUAUGGUGUUGAACCACCCGGUUUGGUCAAACUGGAGAAAGAGCUUGCGAAAGAAGAGUUUGGUUCUUUAUCCCCAUCCAUGUUCUUUGCUUCACCAUUACCAUCCCCCUCCAGUCCUCUUUUCUUUCCCCCUGCUCCAUCACCACCUCCUUCUUCCUCGCUCUGUCCUUUUCCUGCCUCCAUCUCUCCAUCCACACCACCUGCCUCUCCACCUUCAUCCAUCCACCUCCCUCCAUCCCCUCCUCCGGACUCUGCCUCUGCCCCAGUCCCGCAGUCUGAACCUGCGCCUGAACCUGAACCCGAACCCGAAUCUGAGCCUGAGCCUGAACCUGAACCUGAGCACAUCUCACCCAAUCCCCGGUCACCUGUUCAAACACCCACACCCACCUCCACCUCACACCGCCUGAGUAAAUCCAAUGGAAAAAAGAGCAAAGACAGCCUAAUGGAUGAUAUAGUGAAGCAGAUUUCAGAAGAUCCACCAUGCAGAUGUGCAGUCAGGUUCUGCAUUGAGAAACAACCCAAAGGCCGCUACCGAAUGGGGGAUAAAGUGCUGUACGUGAGGAUGCUGAAUGAUAAGCACGUUAUGGUGCGUGUUGGUGGAGGCUGGGAAACACUCGGGACGUACCUGCUGAAGCAUGACCCAUGCAGGACAGCUUUGCUAAAAACCUGCAAACCCAGCAGCAAGUCACACAGCACCAAGGAGCCUUCUCGGGACAGUUACCUGGUUGUAGGGACUCCCUCACGCCUCAAAAAACAAAUGUCACAACCUUGAUUUAUGCAGAAGGUAACAGACACAAUCA